AUGUCUGUACAAAAAGAGCAACCAAAGAUGCAGGUGAAGGAAAAUGAGUAUGAGGAAGAGAAUACCAACUCUCCAUCUUCAAUUCUCGAAUCUCCAAUCCCCGAUUCUCUUCUCUCCCUUAAGGAGAAAAUAAUCGGUCCACCAAAGACUCGAAAGGUCCAGAAAAGAGCCAUCGGCAGCGACUUGGAUGAGCUCUACCCACCAACCUGCAAGUUCGUCGUCUCUUGUUGUAAAUCGUGCCAUGGAUUCCGUGCUGGCCUUGGUGUCCUUCGCACCGAUGAAUACAAAUGUCCCAAUUGCAAGCAUGCAUCUGAAGGGCUUAUGGCUUUUGCCACUUUGGAAGAAGGGAUUUGGUUCAAAAACUACUUGAUACUGAUGGACCUCUACCAAAAGUUGCAGUCCCGGUUGCAAAUGGCCAUUUUGGAUGAAGGAUCGUUCAAGCUGCGCUCCGUCGAUAUGGUUCCGGUCCCGGAAAUCUGUGGAUUCACAAAUCAUCUUCUUAUCACUCAAGAUUGGAACUUUCAGCCAAACAUGAAGGAAUGGGUGAUGUGCGAACCGUCUACGGAGAUGCCAAAGCUCUAG